AUGGUGAUAGUGUUGGGCACAGCUAUGGUGACCGUAUUGGCCCAAACCCGUCAGACUCCGGCCCAAUGUCGGAGUCUAUGUUCGCGAGUGCGCUGCGCGAGUGGGCCCGAGCGUCAGUUGGUUUCGGGCGCCACCAAAACCAAAGCCGAGUGUAAGCGUAUGUGUAUGGCUGUCAGGUGCGCACCGGCAGACCCAAGCCAAUGCGCUGCCAUAUCUAACUCGGUGUACUUGGACUACGCGCCAGAGUUAUGCCGGUGUUGUUCCGUGUGCCAAGUGAAUCUCAGUGUGGGACAAAACUGUGCGCCAGAAUUACGCUUGAGCAAAAAGUGUAAUCCAGGAUUAACCUGCGAUGCCAAAAGUAACCUAUGUGUUAAACAGUAAAAAUGGUCAC